CUUAUCUAAUGUGAAUGAAACCACCAAGCUUUUAUAUAAUAUUUGCUAGUACUACAACCUUGUGCUAUAGAUUUUGAUUUCUUGUUGGUUUUAUGCUUUGUGUUGAGAUGGCAUGAUUCAUUCCUCUGUUUUCAUUGUGGGUUUAAAAAAUGCAGAUAGUGUAUUUCAAGGUAUUACAGUGUGUGUAUAAUUCAGAAUUUCCCCCCAAGUGUCUUGACUUCAUUAUUAAAAAAUUUGCUGAGAUAUAAGUUUUCAAAGUCUCAAAAAAUAAUUAAGGCUGUCUUUGGACAAGACUGAACAGAGAAGUAAGAUAGAAAGUGACAUGAGUGGGCAAUUAGGAGCUCCUCCCCUGGAUCAGUCCAUAAGGUGACAUGAAAUAGGCUUAUUGUUUUCUUUUAUUUUUGUGGGCUUUGUGUCAUGACCUCUUCAUUUUUUUUUCCAUUCCCACAUCUGCUGGCUUCUAAAUGGAAUAAUUUCCCUGGUAUUUGAGAUGUUUGAGAGAUGCUUUGAACACACCCAGCCAUUGUCUCCAAGCAGCUGACUGGGUCAAAUUUGGGAUCGGGCCCUCAUGCUGUGAACUUAAUAACCAACCCUUUUGGCUUUAAAAUAUGAAUUGUAAUUUAUUUCAUUGUUCUUUGUUCUUCCUUUUUUUUUUUUUAAAUAGGCUGCGGAUACUUUGGCUGUGAGGCAAAAGAGAAGAAUUUAUGAUAUCACCAAUGUCUUGGAAGGAAUUGACCUGAUUGAAAAAAAGUCAAAAAAUAGUAUCCAAUGGAAAGGUGUAGGUGCUGGCUGUAAUACUAAAGAAGUCAUAGAUAGAUUAAGAUAUCUUAAAGCUGAAAUUGAAGACCUAGAACUAAAGGAAAGAGAACUUGAUCAGCAGAAGUUGUGGCUACAGCAAAGCAUCAAAAAUGUGAUGGACGACUCCAUUAAUAAUAGGUUUUCCUAUGUAACUCAUGAAGACAUCUGUAACUGCUUUAAUGGUGAUACACUUUUGGCCAUUCAAGCACCUUCUGGUACACAGCUGGAGGUACCUAUUCCAGAAAUGGGUCAGAAUGGACAAAAGAAAUACCAGAUCAAUUUAAAGAGUCAUUCAGGACCUAUCCACGUGCUGCUUAUAAAUAAAGAGUCCAGUUCAUCUAAGCCCGUGGUUUUUCCUGUCCCCCCACCUGACGACCUCACACAGCCUUCCUCUCAGCCUCCGACUCCGGUGACUCCACAGAAAUCCAACCCGGCAACUCAGAAUCUGCCUGAGCAACAUGUUUCCGAAAGAAGCCAGAAUCUUCAGCAGACAUCAGCCACAGACUUAUCUUCAGGAUCUAUUAGUGGAGAUAUCAUUGAUGAGUUGAUGUCUUCUGAUGUGUUUCCGCUUCUCCGGCUUUCUCCCACCCCGGCAGACGACUACAACUUUAAUUUAGAUGAUAAUGAAGGAGUUUGUGAUCUGUUUGAUGUCCAGAUACUAAAUUAUUAGAUUCCAUGGAGACUUGGGACUGUUAUCUACCUCUAACUGUAACAUUUUAGACUUCUUAAUAACCUAAGUAUUUAAAGUAAUGAAUGUAACACCUUUUUAGUUCACUGAUGCUGAAGUGUUCUUCCCUAAUACUUUCCUUCUUACUUCACAAAACUUCAACCAUAAAGACAAAGGGCUCUGCUUCAGGGUAAAAAGUGAUUAAGUCUCCACCAACCCCCACCCUCAAGUAAUUACAUUCUGGAAUUUCAACUUUUCUUCCAGUUCUGAAUCCUUCUGUUCUUUCCUCCUGGAAGAGGAAAGUUAAAGUAGACUGAAGGUCAUC